AUGAAUCCUUCGCCGCCGAUUUUCCUUCCCGAAGAUCUCAUCACCGAAUUACUUUCCUUUCUUCCUGUCAAAUCUCUUGUUCGAUUUAAGUGUGUGAGUAACUCUUGGAGAACUCUCAUCUCCGAUUCCACCUUCGUCAAAUUGCACCUCAAGAAAUCUGCAACACAAAAUCCGAUGUUCACACUAGUCACGCAUCACAUGAAGACUUUUCCUGGAGAGUCUCCUUACGUUAGUUACGAAGAGAAUUACAGUGUCGUUCCAUAUCCCAUACGUACCUUACUCGAUAAUCCCGCAGUAUCCCUUUUUGACGAUCCUUACUAUUAUGUGAAAAACAAAGGAAGCUCUAAAGUAAUUGCUUCCUGUAAUGGGUUGAUUCUUUUGACCGGUGAUUUCUUCAACGGUAUCUAUAAAGAGUUCUGGUUUCGAUUGUGGAAUCCAGCUACCAAGACAAUAUCGAAAGAAAUUGGGUGUUUUAAUUUUGAAAAACCUUUCCGCUUUGCGUUUGGUUGUGAUGAUUCAACAAACACUUAUAAAGUGGUGGCGUCCCGUUACAUUCGUAAUCAGCGGACAACUGAGGUGAGAAUUCUUAGUUUGGAUGAUGAUGUUUGGAGAGACAUUGAAAGUUUUCCUGUUGUUCCUCUUCAUUUGGACUAUGCUGAAUACAAAAUCUAUGAUGGUGUGUAUAGUGGUGUGUAUUUGAGUGGUGCUCUUAACUGGUUGGCAAUUCACAACAACAUUGACUACCAUAGGUAUAUUAUUAAGAAUAUUACCGUUGAAGAUUUUGUUAUUGUUUCUCUUGAUUUGAGGACUGAGAUGUACAAUCAAUAUCUUGUGCCUCGUGGUUUUGACCAAGUGCCACCUUCAGAACCAACCAUAGGUGUUUUGGGGGGUUUUCUCUGUUUCUCUUAUUCUUAUAAGAAAAGUGAUUUUGUUAUAUGGCAGAUGAAGAAAUUUGGGGUUGAAGAUUCUUGGACUCAAUUUCUUAAAAUAAGUUAUCAAAAUCUUCAAAUAGAUUAUGAUAUUAAUGACGAUACAAAGUAUUUUUUGCAAUUGAUGCCUUUGCUGCUUUCUAAAGAUGGUGACACACUAGUGCUUAAGAGCAAUAAAGAAGAUCAAGCAAUUCUCUAUAGUUGGAGAGAUAACAGAGUAGAGCGAACAAAAAUUAGCAAGGAAGGUUGGAUAUGUUGGCAAUCUUUCAAAGCUUAUGUUGAAAGCUUAGUUCCAAUUUAUUAA